AUGUCUCGGUGUUCUGAAGCAAGCAGUCGAACAAAAUCUUCCUCCAUCCAUGGCGAAUGUAGAUGUGGUCUCGAUGCACCGUUGAUGACAUCAUGGACCGAUGCUAACCCAGGACGCCGUUUUUACGGGUGUGGGAUGUACAAGAUUCAGGGUUACAAGCGUUGCAACCAUUUCGUUUGGUAUGAUGAAGAGAUGGGUCCUAGAGCAAAAGACAUGAUUUCAAAAUUGAAUCAAAGACUGAAUAUUGCAAACCUCAAAAUCGAUGAAGGGAAGAUCCAAGAAGAUGAAUUGAACAGGAAGAUCAAGAAAUUGAAUACUGAGAUGAAGACUUUGAAGUUUUUGAUUGCUAUGAUGGUUAUGUUGAAUAAAAUUACAGGUCCAUUUUGGCUUAUCAAUGUAUCAAUGUAUCAGUUUGCAAUAUACAGUACUUGUCCAUAA